AUGUCGCGAGAACGCAGAGCGUCGUUUCAUGACAUCAGGCCACCACAUCAUGAAAUAGAGGAGUUGGAGCAGGUCCAACGCUACGAGGACUUCACUACUAUAGACUGGAUACAGGACUCAAUAAUCGAGCGCAACAGGCGACUGCGAGCUGCCCGCAGCCGGAAUACACCGUACCGAGGACCUCGCGGAGAAGUUAGCCUUGCUUGGAUAUGGUCGCAGCUGCAGACUUUGGCGCAUGCUGGGCAAAGUUGGUUUGUGGUCAGCUUGGUUGGAAUUGCCAUCGGCGUCAAUGCCGCCGUCAUCUCAAUAGCAACCGAAUGGCUGUCGGACAUCAAGAUGGGCUACUGCUCGGACGGCUGGUGGCUAAACCAGCAGUUCUGUUGUUGGGAAAUUGAAGGAACAGACGAGGAUACUUGCGAGGCAUGGCAUCAGUGGAGUGAAGUGAUGCCUGCGCGGUGGGCAAUAUACGUCUUGUUUGCGGCCGCGUUCUCGUUCAUUGCAGCGCACCUAGUGAAGUCGUUGGCGAAGUACGCUGCGGGCUCUGGUAUAUCGGAGAUCAAGUGCAUCAUCGCUGGGUUUGUCAUGAAGGGCUUCCUGGGCUUCUGGACAUUUUUCAUCAAGAGUAUAACGUUGCCCCUUGUCAUUGCCUCGGGUCUUUCAGUCGGCAAGGAGGGCCCGUCGGUGCAUGUUGCCUGCUGUGUAGGGAACAUCAUUGCGAGCAUGUUCAAAGACUUCUCGAGAAGUCAAGUGAAGAUGCGCGAGAUCUUGACUGCUUCCAGCGCUGCCGGUGUUGCUGUUGCUUUCGGAUCCCCCAUCGGAGGGGUGCUUUUCUCCAUAGAGGAAAUGAGUAGCGUUUUCAGCAUCAAAACCAUGUGGCGAAGUUUCUUCUGCGCCUUAGUGGCGACUGUCACGCUUUCGGCGAUGAACCCGUACCGCAGCGGAAAGCUUGUACUGUUCCAGGUCACUUACGACAGGGAUUGGCACUUCUUCGAGAUUAUGUUUUUCAUCAUCCUCGGCAUCUUUGGGGGUCUCUACGGCGCCUUCAUCGUCAAGUUCAACCUCCAAGUGGCCGCGUUCCGUAAGCGCUACCUCAAGAACCACGCCAUCGCCGAGGCGGUCACGCUCGCGACGAUCACGGCGAUGAUCGGCUGGUUCAACCACUUCAUGCGCAUCGACAUGACCGAAAGCAUGGCCAUCUUGUUCCGCGAGUGCGAUGGCGCGAGCGACUACGACCACCUUUGCCAGACCGCGUACCAGUGGCAGAUGGCCAACUCGCUCUUCCUCGCCACCGUCGUGCGCUUGGGGCUUGUCGUGAUUUCGUACGGGUGCAAGGUGCCUGCGGGGAUCUUCGUGCCGUCGAUGGCUAUCGGCGCGACGUUCGGGAGGAUGGUCGGGAUCAUGGUCAAAGCUGUCAACCGCGCCUAUCCAAAUUCUGGCAUAUUUGCCGUGUGCCAGCCCGACGUGCCCUGUAUCACGCCUGGGACCUACGCGCUCCUGGGCGCCGCUGCUGCGCUGAGUGGGGUGAUGAGGCUCACCGUCACCGUCGUCGUCAUCAUGUUCGAGCUGACUGGUGCUCUGACGUAUAUCCUGCCAACGAUGAUCGUCCUGCUCGUCACGAAAGCUGUGGGCGACUUCCUCGGCACCACCGGAAUUGCAGAUGAGAUGAUCCGCUUCAAUGGAUAUCCAUUCCUUGAGAAAGACGAUCACGCAUACAACGUGCCCGUCUCCAGAGUAAUGAGGCGAGACCUUAAGACCUUACCCGUGUCUGGGCUUACAUGCAAAGACUUGGAGGAAGUCCUUUCCAGAACAAAUGUGAAGGGCUUUCCUAUCGUCUCAGCAGAUAGCAAGAACAUCCUCAUGGGAUUCAUAGACCGUACUCAAUUACGAUACAUUCUCGAGAAAGCGCAGAACUUGCAGGAUGUCCGACCAGACACUCCCGUCUCCUUUGCCCCCAACGCUGAAGACCUCGAGGAAGCCGAGUUCGCAGGUGUCGCUGCUGCGCCUGCUGUAGGCCUAGAUGAGGAGACCUCCUUGGGAAUCAUGGAGAGCACAGCGACGCAGGACGUACUCAAGUUGUGGCCGUGGGUCAACCAAACACCACUCACAGUAUCCCCACAGCUGCCGCUCGAAAUUGCGAUGCAGUUGUUCAAACGCAUGGGGCCACGUAUUAUCCUUGUCGAGGGCCACGGCGCCCUCGUCGGACUCCUGACCGUUAAGGACGUUCUGCGAUUCACGAUGCUUGAGCAGCACCAGGUCCAGUAUUCCCCCUGGUCUGGGGAGGACUUUGACGGCCUCGUAGAUGAGGCGCGAACCAUGACGAGCAACUUCGCGGAUGACGUCUUGUCGUGGGGCAGACGUAUAUUUAGGAGAAGGUGA